AUGGCUCCGGUUGCUCCUCGAACUGGUGAUGCGAUAUUUGCUAACAUUGAACGCGUUAACGCGGAGCUAUUUACUCUGACUUAUGGGGCAAUUGUGCGGCAAUUGCUUACAGAUCUGGAAGAGGUUGAGGAAGUCAACAAGCAGCUAGAUCAAAUGGGUUAUAAUAUUGGAAUCCGUUUGAUUGAUGAGUUUUUGGCUAAAUCUAAUGUCUCAAGGUGUGUUGAUUUCAGAGAGACUGCUGAUGUGAUUGCAAAGGUUGGUUUUAAAAUGUUCCUCGGUGUUACCGCAUCCGUGACCAAUUGGGAUGCUGAAGGGACUUGUUGUAGUAUUGUUUUGGAAGAUAAUCCUUUGGUGGACUUUGUUGAGCUUCCUGAUAACUAUCAAGGUCUGUACUACUGCAACAUAUUAAGCGGAGUCAUUAGAGGAGCCUUGGAUAUGGUAUCAAUGAAAGCUGAGGUCACUUGGUUACGUGAUGCACUUCGAGGUGAUGAUGUGUUUGAGUUGCAAGUAAAACUUCUCAAGCAAGUUCCAGAAGAGUAUCCAUAUAAGGAUGAUGAGUAA